AUGCCCGAAAAGAAGACGAUCGAAUUGUUCAGCCCCGAGUACUACGGCGCCUGCACCUUGGGCGGGAUGGUCGCGUGUGGGCCCACCCACACCGCGGUGACUCCCCUCGACUUGGUCAAGUGCCGCCGUCAGGUCGACCCCAACUUGUACCGCUCCAAUUUGCAAGCGUUUAAGACGAUUUUGAAGACCCCCGGUGAUCUGAUCUGGACCGGUGCCGGUGCCACGUUCAUCGGGUACUCGCUCCAGGGGGCGGGUAAGUACGGGGGUUACGAGUUGUUCAAGAAGAAGUACUCCGAUCUCGUCGGGCCCAACAUCGCCAACGAGUACCGCUCGGUGAUCUACGCCGCUGCCUCGGCUUCCGCUGAAUUCUUCGCCGAUAUCGCGUUGUGUCCCUUUGAAACGAUCAAGGUGAAGACCCAAACCACCAUCCCUCCGUACGCUUCUAACGUCGUUGACGGGUGGAAGAAGAUCGUCGCUGCUGAAGGGAUCAACGGGUUGUACAAGGGGAUCGUGCCGUUGUGGUGCCGUCAAAUCCCCUACACCUGUGUCAAGUUCACCACUUUCGAAGCCACCGUGGCUCAGCUCUACAAGUGGGUGGGCAAGAAGCCCUCGGAGUACACUCCCGUUCAGCAGACCGGGUUCUCGUUCGCCGGUGGUUACAUCGCCGGUAUCUUCUGCGCGGUGGUGUCGCACCCCGCCGAUGUGAUGGUGUCGAAGAUCACCUCGGACAAGAAGCCCACCGAGUCUACCGGCCAGGCCCUCAAGCGCAUCUACGGCCAGAUCGGCUUUGCCGGGUUGUGGAACGGGUUGCCCAUGAGAAUCGUCAUGAUCGGGACCUUGACCGGGUUCCAAUGGUUGAUCUACGACACCUUCAAGGUGUCGGUGGGGUUGCCCACCACCGGGGGCCACUAA